AUGCGACACUUGUGGAUUGGAGCGAUCCUAAUCGCUGCAUUUGGUGCCCUGACAGUGAAUGGGUUUUUUCUGCUGCUUAAAACACUCGCCCAUGCUGGCCGGUACCUGAACGAGCACUAUCCGGACGAAGGUGUCAAUUACCGACAGUCAGUGCCAGAGUAUGAUUUCAUUAUUGUCGGUGCUGGAGCGGCCGGAUGUGUGCUUGCCAACCGUCUAUCGGAGAACUCCCAGUGGAAGAUUUUGCUGCUCGAGGCAGGACCGGGUGAAAACGAUCUUCAGAACAUCCCACUGCUGACCACGUUCUUGCAGAGCUCGCAGUACAACUGGGCAGAUAUUGCGGAGGCCCAAAAUACAUCCUGCUACGGCAUGAUCGAUCAACGUUGCAGUUUGCCGCACGGGAAAGGACUCGGUGGGACGACACUAAUCGACUACAUGUUGUACGGGCGCGGUAAUCCUUCGGACUACGAUAGAUGGGCCGCACAGGGUAAUCCAGGCUGGUCACACGAGGAUCUGUUCCCGUACUUUCUCAAGUCGGAACGAGCCGAUCUUCGAGGGUUGGAAAACUCUACCUAUCACGGUAAGAACGGUGAGCUACACGUUGAGUUUCCACCGUUCCGCACCAAUCUGGCGCGUACCUUCGUGAACGGUGCCCGAGAGGCCGGCCAUCGUAAGAUCGACUACAAUGGCAAAUCACAGCUCGGAGUUUCGUACGUCCAGCGGACGGGACUGCACGGUAUGCGCCAAACAGCCUACCGUGCCUUCGUCGAACCGGUGCUCUACAAUCGUCCCAACUUGCACGUCCAGCCCUACAGCCAGGUGUUGAAGUUGUUGCUAAAUCCAGACACAAAAACUGCCUACGGAGUAACGUACACGCGACAUUUCCGCAAUUACGAAGUUCGUGCACGCAAAGAAGUGAUCGUGACGGCCGGUAACAUCAACACCGCCCAGCUGCUGCUACUGUCCGGCGUAGGCCCUCGGGAACAUUUACAGAACUUUAACCUUCCGCUCGUGAGUAACCUCCCCGUCGGUCAAUCGUUCGUCGACAGUCCCGUCUUCAAUGGGCUUACGUUUGUGCUGAACGAAACCGGCCAGGCACUGCUGACGGACAGUCGCUUCCAGUUGCGUUCGCUCGGCGAUUACUUCCGCGGCGAAGGUCCCCUGACGGUACCGGGCGGUGUCGAAGCAAUCAGCUUCGUGCGUACCGCGAACGCCACCACCGAGCCGGGUGUACCCAACGUUGCCAUCGUGUUCUCCACCGGUUCACUCGUCUCGGACGGUGGACUUGGGUUGCGCAAAGGCAAACGCAUUAAAACGGCCAUCUACAACAAAGUGUACCGUCCACUGGAGCACCUGCACAAUGACCAAUGGACGGCCAGUGUGGUGCUGUUGCAUCCGGAAUCGCGUGGUCACCUAAAGCUGCGAAGCGUCAACCCGUACAGUGCGCUCAAGAUCUACCCCAGUUACUUCAACGCCGAGCGGGAUGUUGAAAUGAUGCUCGAAGGCAUUAAGGAAGCGGUCCGCAUCUCCAAGUCACCCGCCAUGCGCCGGUACGAUGCACGCGUGCUGGGUAUUCCGCUUCCGAACUGUGAACAGUGGGACCAGCGAGAAGAUGACUACUGGCGCUGUGCCAUCCGGACGCUGUCCAGUACGGCUUACCAGCAGAUGGGAAGUUGCCGGAUGGGACCGGCCACCGAUCCCCUAGCGGUCGUAGCAUCCGACCUGCGUGUACACGGUGUCCAGGGUUUGCGGGUGGCAGAUGUAAGCGUGGUGCCGACCACCAUUUCCGGCCAGUCCUCUGCUAUCGACUACGUGAUCGGCGAGCGGGCAGCCGACAUCAUUAAGGAGCAGUGGCAACAGGGAAGCGGGGAAGAGUCUACCGGACCCGCCGUUUAA